CUACCCCGAAGCCUCGGGUCUCCGCGGCAUUCCGCCCUCCUCCUCCCCGGGGACCCAGAACCUCCACCUCCACCUCCACCCCCUAGGCUCGCCGGCUCGCCGCCAGGGAGCUCGCGCGCCGCCUCCGCCCCGAACACAAACAGCUGUUCCCCGCGACGUCGCCGCCCUCAACUUUGCCAACUUACUCCGCACGCACUUUGACCAGCGGAGCAACCCGGACCCGUAGGCUGGGGACCGCUGGCGGAGUUUAAAAAAAAAGAGAGAGAGAAAAAAAAAAAAAGGUGAAACCGCUAGUUUCGCGGCCGCGAGUUGCGGGGUUCGCCUCAGAACUUUCCCGAGGCGGCGGCGCGGCCGCGUCCCCCUCCGCGCCGUCCGCGCGCCGCCGGUGCCGGUCUGGUUCCCUCGCUCGGGAGCGCGUGGGGAGCGGCGGGAGCGGCGUGAGUGGCGCAGAAGCGGCGGGAACCGCGGCGGCAGGACGUGGAGGAGGCAACGCGGGCGCGAGCGCUUGUCAGGCCAAGAAGUUCUGGAGAAGAAAAAUUUCAGAAAAAUUGCCUCAGUUUGAAUAGCAUAUCAGAAAAUUUGAAACACUUUUCCUAAAGAAACCAAGAAAAUUUGAAGCUCCUUUCCUAAAGAAAACCUGUGUAUACUGUAACUUCACAGACUUAGUUUUUUUGUUUUUGGGGUAUUUUUUUUUACCCAAAUUGUCACUGGAUUUUGCUGCCUGAUACUUGAACCUGUUUGGAAGUUUUCUAAUGUGCAUCUAAGGGGAAUGCUUUAUUAUGGCUGCUGUUGUCCAACAGAACGACCUGGUAUUUGAGUUUGCUAGUAACGUCAUGGAGGAUGAACAACAGCUUGGUGAUGCAGCUAUUUUUCCUGCCGUAAUUGUGGAGCAUGUUCCUGGUGCUGAUAUUCUCAAUAGUUAUGCAGGUCUAGCUUGUGUGGAAGAGCCCAAUGACAUGAUUACUGAGAGCUCCCUAGAUGUUGCUGAAGAAGAAAUCAUAGAUGAUGAUGAUGAUGACAACAUCACCCUUACAGUUGAAGCUUCCUGUCAUAAUGGGGAUGAAACGAUUGAAACUAUUGAGGCUGCUGAAGCACUCCUUAAUAUGGAUUCCCCUGGCCCUAUGCUGGAUGAAAAACGAAUAAAUAAUAGUAUUUUUAGUUCAUCUGAAGAUGACAUUGUUGUUGCCCCAAUCACCCAUGUAUCCGUCACAUUAGAUGGGAUUCCUGAAGUGAUGGAAACUCAGCAGGUUCAAGAGACAUAUGCACACUCACCAGGAGCCUCCUCACCAGAACAACCUAAGAGGAAGAAAGGGAGAAAAACUAAACCACCACGACCAGAUUCCCCAGCAACUACACCAAACAUAUCUGUGAAGAAGAAAAACAAAGAUGGGAAGGAUGGAACUUUUAGUUAUGUUUUAUUGUGCACUUCAAAUGAAAUUUUGAUAAAAGAAAUUGCUUUUGUUUCAGGAAACACCAUUUAUCUUUGGGAGUUUUUACUGGCACUGCUCCAGGACAAAGCUACUUGUCCUAAAUAUAUCAAAUGGACCCAGAAAGAAAAAGGCAUUUUUAAAUUGGUAGAUUCUAAAGCAGUAUCCAGGUUGUGGGGGAAGCACAAAAAUAAACCUGAUAUGAAUUAUGAGACCAUGGGAAGAGCUCUCAGGUACUAUUACCAAAGGGGUAUUCUGGCAAAAGUAGAAGGUCAGCGCCUGGUGUAUCAGUUUAAGGAAAUGCCAAAAGAUCUUAUUUAUAUAGAUGAUGAGGAUCCAAGUUCCAGCAUAGAAUCUUCAGAUCCAUCACUGUCAGCAACAACCACUUCAAGCAGGAACCAAGCAGGACGAUCAAGAGUAUCUUCAAGUCCAGGGAUAAAAGGAGGAGCCACUACAGUUCUAAAACCAGGGAAUUCUAAAGCUACUAAAAUCAAAGAUCCUGUGGAAGUUGCCCAGCCAUCAGAAGUUCUGAGGACAGUGCAGCCCACGCAGUCUGCAUAUCCUACCCCGCUCUUCCGGACUGUUCAUGUAGUGCAGCCAGUACAAGCUGUCCCAGAAGGAGAAGCGGCCAUAAUUAGUUGUGUGCAAGACGAAACAGUAAAUUCUUCAGUUCAAAGUAUUAGGACUAUACAGGCUCCAGCCCAAGUUCCAGUGGUCGUGUCUCCUGGGAAUCAGCAUUUGCAUACAGUAACACUCCAGACAGUGCCACUCACAACAGUGAUAGCCAGCACAGAUCCAUCGUCAGGUGCUGGGUCUCAGAAAUUUAUUUUACAAGCCAUUCCAUCCUCACAGCCCAUGACAGUACUGAAAGAAAAUGUGGUGUUACAGUCUCAGAAGCCGGGCUCUCCUCCAUCGAUCGUCUUGAGUCCUGCCCAAGUACAGCAGGUUCUUACCAGCAAUGUCCAGUCCAUUUGCAAUGGAACCGUCAGCAUGGCUUCAUCGCCACCCUUCAGUGCUACUGCCCCUGUGGUGACAUUUUCUCCUCGCAGUUCACAGCUGGUUGCCCACCCACCUGGCACUGUAAUCACUUCAGUUAUCAAAGCUCAAGACACAAAAACUCUUACCCAGGAAGUAGAGAAAAAGGAGGCUGAAGAAGAUUUGAAAGAAGACACUGAGGAAACCGAGCAACAGCCACAGUCUUACGUGAUGGUGGUUUCCAAUUCCAAUGGACUUACUUCUCAGGUAGCUAUGAAACAAAAUGAACUGCUGGAACCCAACUCUUUUUAAUUAAAAUUCCAAAAGAA